GCGAGUUAAUCGAGAGGUACACGCGGAUGAGGUAGACAAACUGAAUAAAGAUGAAUGGUAACGACGUGGCCGGAUUGUCGUACAAAGAACUUCAAGCAUUAGCUCUGCGAUACCGGGUACCGGGAAAUAUAAAGAAAGACUUGUUGAUAAAAGUCUUGCGGGCAGCGGAGAGAGGCGAUGGGUCGGAAGUGGGAAGACUGCUUGCAGAAUUGAAGCAGACUAGGAAAAAGAGACCCAGGAAAAUGAAGCAUGAGAAAAUCAAUUGUACUUCGACUCCGAUAGACAGUCCUGAAUUCAUCGAUACAGAUGACCGAAACAGGUUGCAACAACAGCUUCCAUAUCAUUGGGUUGGAGCGGAAGAAGAAAUCGUGAGCCGUGAAGAUGAUUCAGCCGAUAUGCCGGCGUACGAAGAGUUUCGACAGUUUCUGCUGCACAGAAUAGAACAGCAAUAUGAAAUUUAUGAUCCGAAUAAUAAUUCUUCAAUUAUGGACACUUCUAUGGGAGAUCCUGGGACGAACCUGGAACCCGUCGGACUGCAUUCAAUUGGUUUAAAUACAAAUCACUCUAAACUGAACGUAACAGACGGCAAUUGUAAUUUCCCGGAUCACAUGCAACCAACCGUGCAAGAGCCUAUUGAAUAUCAGACAACAAAUGAUUCGAACGGGAAUAUACAGAGACCGUUUCUUCUUAGAAAAAUGCUCCAAGCACCUGUUGGUGCCAAUUUGGGAGAAAUUGCAGAUCCUGGGUUCGGUAGCUGUCGAGUUUGGUCCUUGAAUUAUCCAACAUCGAACGAAAUGCUCGACAAUUCGGACACCAUGACUGCUGAUUCUGAUAUAGACACAAACGAGGAGAAUUGGUCAAAUCCUCAAGAGUAUUACCAACGUGUGAAUAACGAAAAAAAUUUAAUGGAUCAGAAUCGAUAUGGAAAUCUAGAAAACAUACAAGAUGCUCAUCAACUGCCUACCUCGGUUGGACUGUCCGAUAACUAUCGAUAUCAGUACGUGCAUAAUUCCAAAGACACUCAACAAAAUUGUCAGAAAUGGAUAGCAAAAAGUGCCUUCGGCAUCAGGGAAGAAAAUUAUUUGGAAUCGUUCACUGACAAUUCUAAAUCACUUCAAGCGUUUUAUUAUAACGGUGCUCAGAUGAAUAAUAGAGUUUCUAGAGCAACUAAUCAAGAAUUUGAUCGUUAUCAAGUCACCGAAGAGGCAACAAAUUACAAAAUAAACCAAAAUAGGCUGGAUUUGGAUACAAGAGAACCGCAGAGUUACUUUCAAAGUCAAGGUGCUGUUCAAGAAGAAUCUGUGGGCAUUGCUGACCCAUAUUAUUCCUCACUAGCAAUGAAACACAUUGCACAGAAUAAUGGUGAGGCAGAAUAUUUUACACACACACGUCCCAGCUAUGAUCCAUCGGUGCAAGACACAUAUGUACCAGAAGUUGAGCAAGUUUCGACAUUUCCUCAGUUAGAAUCGACUCCUAAUCCAUACGAACAUAUCCAAGAGCCUCCGCUUACAUUUCCUCGUCCUUAUUCUGAUACUCCGACACAGUACGAUGCUGAGAUUUUUAAUCAGUACGGAAGUAUCAGUAAUAAUCAGGCAUCUCCUUUCAUUGCUGGGUAUGAGCAAAGAAACUGCAAUAAUGUUUUGCAACCAGAGCCAGAUGUUCAAACAGAUUCAGUCGCAGUAGAAGCAUCGCAGGCCCAAUUGAACAGAGCUCUAGAAGCAUACUGGCCAAGGUGGCUGCCAAACAAUUCAACGAACAGUGGCCUUGAAAACAUUUUAAACUUCCGCACCACUCAAAGCUGCGUAGAUUAUUCAAAAAUUGAGCAAACCUCUUGCGUUUAUUGUUACACCGCUCCAAUUAUCUCACAAAUGAUAGCAGCUGAGAAUUCCUGUUGUUCUCAGAAAAAGAGAUUAGUUGCAGAGCACAGACAACACAGUUUUUUACCGCAUUUCUUGUUAUACAAUGAUGCUGCUACGGGCUUGAUAAUGCCCAAUUCAAAAAACCGUCGAGAGGGUCAAGAUGCGACCGAGAAAUUGCAAAAUGCGGAAAUUAUUAUGUUGGCGGAGAAAGACAAAAUAAUUUCAGACAAUGGACAGACUGAAGUCGAAGAAACAGCGAAAUCUAGGAACGAGAAUCUUAUAAAUGAUGCCUGGAUUAAUAAUUACCCUGGUUAUCAAUUUUCUGAUAUUAGGCACAGCGGAGAGCCUUACAAUCUUAACAAGGAAACUUCCUUAUCGGACGACAGUGGAUUGUUUAUUACUCCUAAACUGGGCAGCAUUUGCGAUGAUGAGAUUAGGAAAGAUAUUAAUUUUUAAGAGUGUUUCUUUGUAAGGAAAAAUUCUCAAGGCAAUAAUCUCCACUGGGAAGAUUUAAUAGACUCGAGCAAGUUCCGGUUUAAAAUCGAGCCUAUGAUCUUUUUUAGAGUGGAGAUGAAAUUGUUAUAAAUAAUCUGGGAUAUCGCAAACAAAUCCUUUUCUAAUAGGAAUUUUUAUACGGUGAAGUUCCUCUUUAUCUUGCGGAGAAUUCUAAAAAAAGGCAGUCUCAUCGAUGCUCCUUCAAUUAAUAAGUCCAAUUGAAAGGGCUCGAUGGCUCAGUUGAUAUCGAAAUUAUUAUGCAAUUUCUAUCAACAAAUUCAGUCUUGAUAAUCACUGACGUCAAAGGAGUAGGACGUAGUUGUAUUCGAUGUAAUCAAUUUCCUCAACACUGUUUCUCAGGGUUAGCGUAAAGUGAAUUUUCAUUUUUCCACUGUGUUUCUACAAUCCGGAAUCGCUCAGAGACGAAUUGUUAAGUUUCUAGAUUGCUAGAAUAUAAUCAUUCUCAAUUUAAACAAUCGAAUCAAUGGUAUAAAAUUCAGUCUUAAAAUACUCGCAACAGAGAAUCGCAUAGAAGUUUCAAGUGCCUUUACCAUAAGCUGUACUCUAAUAUUACCAUAAUUUUAACGAGACCCCAUUAAUAAGUCGUGCUCAAUUACUAAGUCCUCUAGUAAUCACAUCGUGCAGAUUAAGAGCAGAUCGCAUGCGACUUAAGAGAAUAUGCAACGAUAGAAAGACUUUAGAUAUUCUCCAUAUAUCGCUCACGUUACAAAAUCGAAUUAUGCUCUGAAAAAAUGUCUUAACGUCCACGAAUUAAUAACCAAAUGAAAUCAUUCGAUGGAGGACAGUUUCCCAAUUAAUCAAAGUCGAGUAAAAUACCCUCGGGCCAUAUAAGUCCCUCCGUAGAAAUUUCAUUCGACUCUGUAAUUGUGCACCGAUGAAAGUUUAUGUAAAUUUACAAUAUUUGUAAUACACCUAACAUUGUACAUUUACCGUAUUAGUGAAUGUUCACUUGAGUUAAAUGUAAUAUUACUUUAACUUAAAUCUCGAGAGUGACAUUACAGAGACAAUGUAAUUUAUCGUGGCAUAAAAAUAAGAAAAUUAUCGAGUAUGUAAAUUCACAUGGGCAUCUCUAUCAGCGUGGCUCCAACCGAGAGGGACUUUUUUCAUCGUGGAAUUGAAGAAAAAAAAAAGACGCCGGAUUCACCUGGAAUCCCUUCGGCUUGAAACUGUGCUCGAAUGUAAUUGAAAACCCUUGCGGAGACAGAUUCUCUCCUGUGACCUUUGUAAGGAUGUUCGCUGUCGUGACUUCUUGAAGUUCCUUGUCUGCCGGAGGAUCCUCCAGGAGUCACGUGAACGCUGUACAUUUUUCCGGGAGUUUACGAAUUUCCUACGCGCUGGAAUUAUCCUCAGUAUUAUUAAUGUCACCGAUAAGACUCGACAAUUGUUCUUAGAUAUUUGUUAACAAGAAUUGUGCGAUUAACGUCCUUGGAUAGAAAAAUCCAGGAAUUGCGAGCUGCGGGCGCCGAGUAAGAGACUUUUGCGCUUCAAUUACCGUCAGUAUUAUUUAAUAUCACCGAUAAGACUCGACAAUUGUUCUUAGAUAUUUGUUAACAAGAAUUGUGCGAUUAACGUCCUUGGAUAGAAAAAUCCAGGGAAGUGCGAGCCGUGGUCGAGUCCUCGCGGAUGCCGAGUAAGAGACUGAAAGAACUCUCCGAGAAAUGGGUCCUGACUUCGGGUUUUCUGGAAAUAAAAACCGAGGUGUAUGUAUGCGAACACGUACUUUUAUGUAUUCGAGUACUCGCCUGAAUUCUCGCUCUAGCUAAUGAGGUCCUCGAAACGCGAGACUAAUUAUUUCACCGGCCGCUGCGAUUCUUGCGCCCGCUCAUGCGCAGGUUUUCCCUCUUCUUGUACACCACCUCGUUGCACUAUUGCCGCAAAUGUAUGUAUGUCACGUAAACGGUGAAAUAAUUAAAAGAAAAUAUGAGAGGAACGGUUCAAACCUGCGCCGAAGCGUCUUCGAGCCGAGGCUGGCCUUGAACUUUUCUCGCCAGGAACUUUCCUCCCCGUAGAUGCGAGUCUUUGGCUAUGCCAUUAUCUGUUGCGAUUUAUUUUAAGCUGCAAUCGGGAUUUCGAUUACCGAACAUGUGUUUAUUAUAACGAUUUUUGUUAGGGCUUCUCUUAGCGCGUUUCUGUAACGACGCUUUUCCGGAAGCUCCCGAUACGUACCAUAUGUACCUAGUUGUUACAAACAGUUGGCGAUUUAAUAUACCGAAAUAUAUUUCUA